AUGGCCGCUCCCAACGAGAACGACGCUCAGCAUGAGCUUACCUUCGAUACCGCCGACUCCGGCGCGUCCCUUACCUUCCCGUUGCAGUGCUCUGCCCUCCGCAAGAACGGCUUCGUCGUCAUCAAGCAGCGCCCUUGCAAAAUCGUCGACAUGUCAACCUCCAAGACUGGCAAGCACGGUCACGCCAAGGUCCAUUUGACCGCCAUCGAUAUCUUCACCGGCAAGAAGUUGGAGGAUUUGUCCCCUUCCACCCACAACAUGGAGGUCCCGAACGUCAGGCGUCAGGAAUACCAGCUCCUCGACAUUGCUGAGGAUGGCUUCAUGUCCCUCAUGACCGAGGGUGGUGAGACCAAGGACGACGUCAAGGUUCCAGACGGCGAGGUCGGCGACAAGAUCAACAAGCUCUUCAGGGAGGACGAGAAGGACACCAACGUCAUCGUCCUUACCGCCAUGGGUGAAGAGGCCGCCAUCGAUGCCAAGGAAGCCCCUAAAGGUUCUUAG